AAUGAAACUGUGGGACCUAUUAGCCCAGUCGCCCUGGACCUACGAAUCCACAGAAAUCCUAAGGAAUUAUCGCCUGAAAAAGAGUCAAAUAGCCUACAUGGCUCCGCAGAACAUGGCAUCAAGUCGGUACCCUUUAACAUUCAGAACAUCCUUGGAAAUCAUGUGCUUCCAGACGCAAACGACGAACUGCUAAACUUCAAUCAGCCGAUGGAUAUCAAAGGACCGUGUUCUAGUCGGACCGAAGCCAUUUUCAUGGCUAUAUCCUCACUUAUCCACAUUCUGGGCCAACGUAAAACGGGAAUUUCGCCAAUGGAGAAUCAUCCUGAUGAAACGUUACAGUUGUCCUCAAACACGACAAUUUACAGUGGUCGGCAGUCACUUAUGAGACAGUGGCUACUUGAACAGCAGUGGCCUAGGCGAGCUUGCCAGCUCAAUUCAGAUAGCUGGGGAGUUGAUCCCUCUGAGGAUACGCAAAUGACGGCCGAUGAGUGCGCCUCCCACGGGUAUUCAGAACUAAACACAUCAGUAAAACAUACUUUAACAUCACGUCAGCAAACCUCAGAUCACAUGACCAAGAUGUUUACACCAAAUCCUGACACCACAGCCAAUUCCGUCGAUGAAGAAACGAUCGGAAAAGGUCCAGUAAUCCUUUAUCACCCAGAACCAGCUGACAGUAAGAGUCGAAUUCGAGAAAUGAUCGAGACGAAUGAUCCCCGAUUAAAAUAUGUUAACGACGGAGCCGCUAUCCGAAACCCGUUUGCAAUGGACAGGAAAGUGCAACUGGCCUACCUUACCUCUCUUUUGUGUGUGCGAACUGAAAACGGCGAGUAUGUAUGCAAGGGCUGCGGAAGGACCACUUUGCGUCUGCGACCGAUGCAACAACAUUUGCUGUCACACAGUGCUAGCAAAUUCAAUCUGUGCGUACGAUGCCUCAAGGGGUUCAAUGAUAAGUAUGAUAUGAAGCGACACACUCGCAAACAUACAAUGGUCAGACCAUAUGUGUGUCCGGAAUGUGGUCGAUCCUUCAGUCAGCGCUGUUCUUUGGAAGGCCACAGACGAAAAAUCCACAAGGUGCAACUGAAUUUUUCACGGAAUCAACGAAGAGAGGUAGUUCGAGUGUGUGAAGCCUGUGGAUUCGCUUGCACCAGUAGCGCAGAAAUGCUUCAGCACACUUUGAACUUUCACCCCAACAGUUCCAGCAUACCUCGCCUAAAACGACAACUUGCUCGACAGGUUGAAUGCAACAAGCGCCCAUCACAAUCAUACUCUGGUGUGCCACAGCAAAGUCACGGCAAACAGGAGAGUUCCGAGCUUUCGUUAUAUCAACCUGAAUCCACACUACCGAACCAAAUGAACAUGUCACCGGAGAUUUCCUUUGAAGAUUCUUUUGAAUCCGAGAAUCCCGACGGCCUGGAAGAAGACUCCAUUGAGAACUCGUGUUCAACCAAUACCACAGCAUUCAAUCCGGUGAUGCUCUAG